AUGCCGUACAUUCCAGUCAUUAUCUCCACCAUUGGAGCACUCACGCUUUUCUUCGCGGCUAUUAAAGUCGCUAGAUUAGGCACUACAUACUUCCUUCCAUCAAGACUGAACAAGUACGCACACACGGACUCGGGCGGGCGCGCGCCGUGGGCCCUGGUGACAGGAGCUUCAGCCGGUAUAGGCCGGGCGCUUGCGCUUGAAUUGUCAUCGCGAGGGUUCAACGUCGUGUUACAUGGGAGGAACCACACAAAGCUAUCCCUCGUGCUGGCAGAGCUGCAGAAAAUAUGUCCCGAGAGGUCAUUCCGCAUUCUGACCGCGGACGCAAGCAAGGUGCCAUGUCUGAACUGCAUUGCAUUGCAAGAUCAACAGGAGAAGCAUACCGUUGAUGGGAUCGGUCAGGGCGUCCCGGAUUUCACAGCCAUAGCAGCCGCGGUUGACGACUUGCAUCUUACGGUUCUGAUCAACAAUGCGGGCGGGAGCCCGGUCAAUCCAAUAUGUGCGCCUCUGAGCCAAUCCUCUGCCGCUCGGAUCACAGACAACGUUAGCCUUAACGCACUAUUCCCUCUACACCUGACACGCGUGCUACUUCCCAAGUUGAUCAAGAGCUCGCCAGCCCUGGUGAUGAACAUCAGCUCCAUGGCCGACCCAGGCCUUCCCCUAAUGGCCUCAUACAGCGCUAGCAAGCAGUUCCUCAUGAACAUGACGCGCUCGGUGCGCCUCGAAAUGGCUCUCCAAGGCGGCGCGGCGGACGAGGUUGAGCUACUGGGUGUCAGAGUGGGCAGGGUCACUGGAGUCUCUGGCUGUCGCGAACCUCCCUCACUUUUCGUGCCAGAUGCGACGACCAUGGCUCGAGCCGCCCUGCAGCAGGUCGGCCGUGGACAUGGAUUGGUCAUCGGAUAUUGGGCUCAUGCGCUGCAGCAGCUCGGAAGCAGUUUAUUGCCUGCUUGGGCGGAGGAUAAGGUCUUCUUAGCAGUUAUGCGGCAAGAGGCGGCGAGGGAGGUGGGCGUGAAGCGGGCCUAG